UUCAAACUUCACAUUCUCUUAAACAAAAAUUAAAAAAUUCCCAAAUGGCGAAGCAGCCCAAAAUUACUACCAAUCCUCCAAAAUGUGUCCUUAAUUAAAUCCCCUCUCUAUUUACAUCUUCAUUCCCUAUAUAUGAAUCUCAUUUUCAAGAAUCCACUCUCUCUCUCUCUAUAUAUAUCUCUCUCUACAAGUGUUCUAGCAGCUUGCUAAAAGAGUUGCUUUCUAGGCAAAUUAAUCAAAAAAAAAAAAAUAUCAGCAGCAGCAUUAGUGAACACAUGGGCAGACAUUCUUGUUGCUACAAGCAGAAAUUAAGGAAAGGGCUUUGGUCCCCUGAAGAAGAUGAAAAACUAAUAAAGCACAUCACCAAAUACGGCCAUGGCUGCUGGAGCUCAGUUCCAAAGCUAGCAGGGCUGCAAAGGUGCGGCAAAAGCUGCAGAUUGAGAUGGAUCAAUUAUCUGAGGCCUGAUUUGAAAAGAGGUGCAUUUUCUGAGGACGAAGAGAAUUCAAUAAUCGAGCUGCAUGCACUUCUUGGAAACAGGUGGUCACAAAUUGCUGCACAAUUGCCCGGCAGAACAGACAACGAGAUCAAGAACUUAUGGAAUUCAUCACUCAAGAAAAAGCUAAGGCAAAGAGGCAUUGACCCCACCACUCACAAGCCCCUUCCAAAGGCCGACGAACAAGAAAACACUGAUAAAACACCGCAAGGAUCGAGUGACGUCAGCUUGGUUGAGAAUCCGGACAGCCUGGCGGAAGAGAAACCCAUACGGCCCAAUUCGAGCUCCAGGCCCGGCCCAUAUCCACUCAACGAAAAUCACUGCACCCCUUUAUCUGAUUUUUCAGGGCAGCUCGGCUUCAGGAGCCUGAACUUUGGGCCGUGUACCGGGCUUUUGCCGAAUUCGAAUGCGACCCAGUUCUUCAGCCCGAACCCGAAGCCUUUUGAGCUGCUUUAUGAUGAUUAUUAUUCCAAUCCUUAUGCUACAUCAAGCUCUACUUUCUGGGCCACCACACAAAAAAAGCCUCAAAAUUUUCAUGAGCUGCAAGAAAACUGCAAUUUUCUCGCUAAUUACACUAAUAAUACAAUCGUCGUCAACAACAACAAUUAUAAUAAUAAUAAUAAUGGGAUGCAAGGGCAAGAAGAUGUGAAGUGGACAGAGUAUAUGCAGACUCAGUAUUUACAGGGGAACGCCGUUGACCAUGGUCAAAAUUCUCAUGAAGAUAUGUAUGGAGGAAAAUCAUCAAGGUCUCAUAUUCAGGAUCAACAGUCUUUAUUAUUACAAGGUGCGGAUUAUUUUCAGAGGAUUUCAGCUGCUUUUGGACAAUUUUCCUAGCUUCUUUUUUUUUUUUUUUUUUUUGGCUGAUUUUAUGUGUCUGCUUUAUUUGUACGAAGUUUGUUUUUUCUGAAAUAAUAUAAUCUGUGUAUACAAGGACCAUGAAAUGGAAUUUCUUCGACUUCUUGAUACCGACGUCUUUCGAUCGUCAGAUAAAAGAAAUAGAAAAGUGUUGCUGUUACUACCUGUUUUUGGUUUAUAUCAUGGGGUGGUCCAUACAUAUGUUUUCAAUUA